GGAGCAGGAGGUCGUUUUACCUGAGCUGAGCCCGCUGUCACAUUUUCAUUUUUUGGGCCAAAAAGCGGGUACAGUUCGUGGAAUCGAAAUCUUCUCAAACCUGCUUUUUGCUCACAGCAUGGAGGAGGAAGAAGAAAUCUGUAGAGUUUGCCGAUGUGAAGCAACUCCCGAGCAGCCGCUUUUCCAUCCGUGCAAAUGCUCGGGCAGCAUUCGUUACGUCCACCAGGAUUGCCUUAUCGAAUGGCUCUCUCACAGCAAGAAAAAGUACUGUGAACUAUGUAAAUAUCCAUUUGCAUUCACUCCAGUGUAUGCCGACAAUAUGCCAGAAACGCUGCCAGCGGAUUUGUUCAUCCGCCAAUUGUUCAGAAAAACAUCAGGCAUCAUACGGAUAACCCUGCGAGCCAUUGUGGUUGUCUUUGUAUGGCUAAUUAUGCUACCGUAUAUCACACUAUGGGUCUGGCGUUUUUACUUCUGGAUUGGCGAUCACCUUGCUCUCAGCAUGCAUAACGAUAACUCAACGGCCACAGACUCUUUCAACUCUUCACACCCAUUAGUUACUGACCAAUAUGCCAACGAUAACACCACCAUCUCCGAUAGCGAACAUCGAUACACAGCAAGAAUGUUUUUUCUGGACUGCUUCGAAGGCCAAAUCAUAACAUGCGUGGUGGUAGUGGUAUUUGUCGCUGCUUUUUUGCUACGAGAAUGGAUUGUGCAAAAUACUCCAGCAGAGGCGGUGCCUGGACUGGAACAAGAAGAACCUCAACCUGGCGAGCGGCACUUUGUACCACCGGAGAACAAUGCCAUCUUUGAACAUAUUGCCUUUCCGCCGCAAAACAACUUCUUACAACAAAAUGAGAGGCAGCCACCAAAUGACAACCAUAACAGACAUGUCAUGGACACCAACCGGUUUGACACCCUACUGAAUCCUAUAGAGGGACAAAAUUUGGAACAAGACCAGCAGGUGGAAUUGAGACAGCAAUUGCUCCAAGCUGAAGCGUUGGCUGCUAUGUUGGAUGGAGCAGUCGGUCAACCACCACGAAAUGGAAUGCCGAUAUUGCCAUCCUUUGAUGCCCCCACUGCCAAUGCAGACGACUUUGCUAGUGAUCGGCGAUCACUACACAGCGAAAGCACAAGCUACAGUGCUAAUGUUCUAAACCAUAUGGAUCGACAGACUUGGGGACAUUCACCCAAUGGUGACUCGACUGGGAAGAGCUCUAUUUUUGGCUCUGCAAUGGAUGAACAAGACAUGGCUGAACACAGCACGUCAACAAGUACGAAAUCCGACGACGACGAAGAAGACUACAGUAGCAUGAACAAGUCUCAUGAUAUGAUUGUCGACGAUGGUGGGGAAAGUUCAAAAAAUAUAUGGAAAUCGAAAGAAACAGUUUGGCCUGGCCAGAUGGACACAACACAUUCGCCUUCAAUUGGCUCACCAGCACCUAGUUAUAUGCAUGGUGCGAAUGGAUCAGUAGCAACAGAUGACCGCUUCAGCAACAGCGCAACAAGCUCUCUCCAGCAUCAUGAAAUAGCGCAAACCAAUAUCCCAGCGCAAGCACCACAUGCUCCCCGUAUGCCUUAUCUUCAGGCACCACCAGCACCACAACAACCUCCUCGACCUGCUCAACUCCAUAGAGAAGUACCAGAACGACCCAAUGUCGAGUUCGCCGCUGGAAGACAAAACUUAUUUAACGAGCGAAAUGAAAACAAUAUGGCCGCUGCUGCUCAGUUCUUGGAUAACGUGAAUGCCAUUGAUGACGAUGAAGAGGAUGAAGGCGACGUGGGUGAUGACCUGGAUGGCGUGCUUGAGGCGGUUGGCAUGCGAGGCAGCCUUUGGUUGUUGGCCCAAAAUUCCAUACUCAUGUGUCUGUUGAUCAGUCUCUGCUUGGGUGCGGCUGUUUGGGUUCCUUAUCUUGUAGGCGAAUUAUUUAUUUUGGCGAGACCGCUGUAUUUGCUUCAACUUCCUAUCUCUGCACUUCGAAUUGUCAUUGACCCUUUGGUUGAUGGACUCCUUGAUUACUGUAUACCAAAGGCACUUGAAUUUAUCCACUCUCUGGCUUCUCAAUACCUACCCACGCUCAUGAACCAUCCUAUACUGGUCGAAGUUGUGGACGGAUUUCAAACAAUCAAGCAGCAUAUUCAAACCUUUAUGGACUCACUCAUGGCAGAAAGCAGCACAGUGACCACUACAUCCUCAUUCGAUGAACUGGCUGACAAAGUACCAAGCACCGGACAUUACAUUUUGGACUCCAUCCUCACAUUCAUUCGACAGGACAUUGAACCUUUCUUUGCGAAAGCGUUGGUUCGAUGGCACUAUUUCGCUAUUGGCCGAACAGUGAUGGAUCGCCUUGUUUGCGUCGCUAUUGGUUACAUGAUUUUAGUCCUGUUAGGUGCCUGGUAUUUGCGGAAGACUGGCAAUGCAUAUGGAAGAACGGUGGGUCGAACUGUACAGCAAGCCAUUCGACAACAAGGCAUCAUCCUCAAAGUUGCAUUUUUCAUUUCCAUUGAACUUAUCAUGUUCCCUAUUGUAUGUGGUGUGCUAUUGGACUUCUCCACUCUACCCUUGUUUGCAACGGCCACGUUAUCGAGCCGAUGGGGGUAUUACCAAUCUCACCCGAUCACCACUAUUUUUAUCCACUGGUUCCUUGGAACUGGCUUUAUGUUCCACUUUGCCGUCUUCGUCACUCUUUGCCGUGACAUCGUUCGCCCUGGCGUGAUGUGGUUUAUUCGUGAUCCAAAUGACCCUCAGUUCCAUCCCAUCAAAGAAAUUCUCGAACGUCCCGUUCUCACACAACUUCGAAAGAUUGGUGCAAGUGGGAUCAUGUACUCUGCUAUGAUCUUCUUUGGCAUUGGGACUGUUGUCUUGGUCGUUUCGCUCUUUGGUGGCUCGGUUUUGCCGCUACGAUGGUCUUACUCGGAACCAUUAUCCUAUUUCCCCAUCGACCUUCUUGUCAUCCACCUGGCUGUUCCUUCAACCAUUGGUUUAGUCAAGCCAAAAGUACUCCUUGAACAUACAUUCUCCAAUUGGUGGCAUGCAACAGCAAGGCUGUUGCGGCUGACCUCGUUUAUGUUUGACGAGCGACGGGCUGAAGAAGAGGGCACGCACCUUCGCAAAAGUUGGGCAGCUUGGUUGAAAAUGCGAAAGGCUCCUGUGGUCAGCAUUGAUGAAGCAGACGUUUCCAUUCAAGGUAUCACUGAGGAUGGUGAAGUUGAGUUCAUUCGUGACGGGCAGCUCGUUAGAGCUCCUUGCUUGGAUGGUGUACCAGUCAUACCUGGACGAAGAAUGCUUGUUCCAGUCGACCCACAUACAUUGGAAGCUUUGGAUCCUGAAGAACACAGACUUGGUCAUCCCGCUGCGACAGCACCUGGUGGCAACGAGACCAAUACCGUCAUCGUAUACCUUCCACCGAAUUUCAGACGCCGGGUCAUGUUAUUCUUAUUCCUCAUGUGGAUUAGUGGUUCCACUUUCUUUUGCUGCCUUACUAUUAUGCCAUUGUUAUUGGGACGACAUAUUUUCGACUCUUAUUUGACACCGAACCGCAAAGUCCAUGACAUUUACUCCUUCGUAUUAGGUCUUUAUUUGAUGUGGAUAUCAGCCGUGAUCAUUGACUGGUUCACUAAGAAGCAAAAGGCUUGGGCAGAUAAUGAUUGGGCGAUUGACUGGCCUUCUGUAAAGGAGAAAGUCGUUGAAUAUAUCUCUGUGACGUCCAAAGUAGCAUAUCUUGUUGCAACACUGGGUCUGGUCAUACCUCUCUUAUUUGGUCUCAUUAUGGAACUUUACGUUCUCAUUCCUUUCCGAGACCUCGACAAUAAGCCUCCAAAUAUCGAUCCUUUGCAAGAUUGGGCUUUCGGAAUCGUUUUACUGAACAUUCUGCAUGGAACAAUCAACAUUCUACCUGAAAACCACUUGCAGCAGAUGCUGGCCAGGGUGUUCAGCGCUGGUAUUCUUCGAGCCAACACUCAGUUAGUCACCAAAUCAAUCAUCGGCCCUCUUUUAUUAGGAAGUGUCCUCGCCAUAACCAUUCCUAGUCUUCUUGUGUAUUCUAGCAUACAAGUAUUUGCGCUUGAUGAUCCUGCGGCACAGUUACUCAUCUUCCAAGCUAUCUAUCCUGCCGCCCUUAUUAUGGUUGCCUUCUUCUACUGCUGUAGGCUUGGAGUUCGGUUGGGACGUCAUGUCAUGCAGUCUAUCCGUGAUGAUGCCUAUCUUAUUGGCAGACGUCUUCACAACGUCGAUGGCUCUGUCGACCAUUAAACAGAUUCUUCUACAAUGAUACACAACCUACACAUUUCGAUAGCCUCUCCCUAGCUGAAUUCUCUAAUCGUUUGAGUACGCAGACAAGUCUUGAGAAGGUUUCUUUAUUGUAUCAUUCUAGG